CUAAGAUCCAUUCAGCGAAAGAGUUCCAAAUUUUCUGUACACAGUCCAAAAGCCUUCCGGCCAACUUCAACGUAUAACCUCUCCUCGCACCCGGUUAAACAUGGCAUUCGGAGGAUCAGGCGGCCGGGGCGGCUUUGGAGGCAGAGGGGGAGGACGAGGUGGAAGGGGCGGAGGUGACCGUGGUGGACGGGGUGGGGGAAGAGGAGGCGCACGAGGGGGAGGAGUUAUGAAGCGUGGGGGCGACCGAGGCGGCAGGGGAGGCGGUCGCGGCGGGGGACGGGGUCGUGGUGGUGACAGAGGGCGGGGCCGCGGAGGAGGCCGCGGCGGCGCGAAGGGCGGAGCGAACGUCGUCCUCGAGCCCCAUCGCCAUCCCGGUAUCUUCAUCGCAAAAGGGAAGGAGCACCUCCUCGUCACGAAAAACCUGGUCCCCGGCGAGAGCGUGUACGGCGAGAAGCGCAUAUCCAUCGACGGCGGUGUGGAGGGCACGAAGAUCGAGUACCGCGUGUGGAAUCCGUUCCGGAGUAAGCUUGCGGCCGGGGUGCUCAGUGGGUUGGAUGAGAUCUAUAUUGCGCCUGGGAAGAAGGUGUUGUACCUCGGUGCUGCUAGCGGAACUAGUGUUAGUCACGUAGCGGAUAUAGUUGGGCCGGAAGGAGUUGUGUACGCUGUAGAGUUCUCGCCACGAUCAGGCCGUGACCUAAUUGGUAUGGCAAAGAAGCGGACGAAUGUCAUUCCCAUCGUGGAGGACGCCCGUCUGCCACAAAAAUACCGGAUGCUCGUCUCAACAGUGGACGUCAUCUUCGCCGAUGUCGCGCAACCCGACCAGGCCCGUAUAGUGGCCAUCAACGCCCACAUGUUCCUGCGGAACAAUGGACACGCUGUGAUCUCAAUAAAAGCAAACUGCAUCGACUCUACGGUUGAGCCCUCGAUCGUGUUCGCCAAGGAGGUGGAUGCUCUGCGGGAACAGCACUUUAAGCCUAUCGAACAGGUUACUCUGGAGCCUUACGAGCGUGACCACGCAAUGGUGACAGCUGAAUACCGCCGGCACGACGCCAUGCGUGCAUAGGGUCGUCCGUCUCUGAUUCCUCGUCUGUUUCCCUCUCUUGGUGUACUUCCCUUGCGUAUCAUUUUUCUGUUUUCUUUCCCAAAUAUAACUGUAAUUUUGAGCCGACACGC